AUGCUUUGAGAGGAUAUUUCUCCGGGACAAAAGAGUAUAUAAAGUUUGGAGAAAGAUUCGGUGGACGAAGUUUUGAGCGGAUAGCUAAGAGAACUCGAUUGGAAAGAGGGGAUAGAGGUGGGGGGAAGGCCAUAAAAGUGGAGGAAAUGAGGUUCGUUGGUUUUGAAACCACUUUGUCUCACCAAAUGAACAGCUUCUGAAUGUGGAAAAUCCAGCGCCGUCCAUUUCGAUCAGAGCUGGAUUCCAAAGGUGUUGUGUAACGCCGGGCACAGCUGUGGGCGUGAGAGUCCAAGGCUCUAGGCUCGAUGUCUUGAGCCGCGAUCUGCACGACUUACUUCAUUUGGCACCGCGUUGGAUGAAGACUUUGGAGCGUGCAGCAGGCUGCGAAUGUGGCUGCCGGAACCUCAUGUUCUCGUCUUUCACAACAGCGUAUAGCUGCGUGAUAUUGGCGGCAGACGGCUGGUUGCCUUCUGAUGAACCAAUGAGGUUGAUGUGGCUUCACAGCCUGCUGGGCCGAUUCCUCGGGUAUCUCAUCUUGUCACUGGCAGCGAAGGCUAGUUGCACAUCCGAAAAAGCGCAGGCGCCGGCGGAGUUGAUGGUCUCGAUAUUGAUGAACGACAUCCUCAAAGCCGACGACGUGGAGAGAGCGGGGAACACUCGUGUUCAUGCUCUAUUUGAGGCUGGAAAAGACGACAACAGAAAAGUGGUUGAUUCUGGCGUAGAAUUGAAAGAAGAGGAGAAACAAAAAGCAGGGCAGCCUAAAUACCCGGGAAUGGAGUGCCGGCCGGUGAAUUGGCCACCAGGGCACGGACUUACACCCGGAUUCGGGCCUCAGUGCCUGCCGCUCUUGGUCGUCGCUGCUUCCCGCCGUCGCCGCCUCUUCUUCCUGAAGCUGUUGCCUGCCGCACCUGCCUGCCGCACCUUCCUGCAAAGUCAUCGUCCUCCCGCGAGUCCCGUCUACCCCGCGUCAUCCCAAGUCCCAAGGCCGUCUAGGGUAUAUAAGUUCCCUUAGCUGGCCGUUCUCCCGUGGUGUGGCCCGUUGGUGUAAUGGUAACAUUCCCGGCGUGGAAAUUCCGCGUCUGCAUACGUGCCGCAGGAAGACAACGGUUCGAGUCCGUUACGGGCCAUUACCCUUUUUUCCUUCUUGCCUUCUUCCCUCUUUUUUUGCCUUUCUGGACUGAUAAUUUGUCGUUUUGCUCUUCAACACGUCCGUCGUUACUCGUC